AUGGGGCCUGCAGCGGCACAGGCGGAGGCCCCUGCUGCUGCUGCAGCAGCAGCAGCUGCUGCUGCUGCUGAGGAAACUCACCUGGAGGAGGUAGGGGAAUGGCUUGCUGCGCUGCAUGCAGCGCCAGCUCAGCUGCUGCGGCAGGAAGCAGCAGCAACAAACCAACGCCGCGCUCUAGCCCUUUGUGUAUCUAGACUGCGGUGUCUUGCUGCAGCAACAGCAGCAGCAGCAGCAGAGGAGCAGGCCUCUUUGAAGGGACGCGGCGGAGCUCGUGCUGCAGUUGCUGCAGCGCAGCAGCAGGCCUACCUGCAGCAGCUACAAGACCUUGAAAGAGCGGUGUUGACGCCUGGAGAUGCACAUACACCCCAAACACUGCAGCAGCAGCAGCAGCAGCAACAGCAGCAGCAGCAGCUGAAUAUCGAACAAGUGUGGCAGCUGCUGGAUGGCGAAGCUGCCCCUUGCAUCCGCAGAGCGAAGAAGAGACUAAAGAAGGCGCAGCAGCUCUGGGGUGUCUCUGGGGCCCCCAAGAAGCAGAAGCAGCAACAGCAUCAGGAGCAGCAGCAGCAGCAGCAGCAAGUGGUGCGGCAGCUGUUGAGACCGGAGGCCCUGGCAGCCCUUAACCUUGCAGCAGCAGCAGAAGAGGAGACAGAGCAAGGAGAGGAGGAAGAGGAAGAGACAGAAGAAGAAGAGACAGGGGCAUCAGAUACCGAUGAAGACACUGCAGCAGCAGCAGCAGAUGCAGCAGCAGAUGCAGCAACUGAUGUGUCGGAAGAAGAGGACGAAGAGAGUGACGGAGACACCCCACAAGCAGCAGCAGCAGCAGCAGCAGCAGCAGCAAGUGAUGAGGAGACCGAUUCUGACGCUGAAGACGACUUGCUAGCAGAGCUCGAGGAGGACGAGCAGCAGCAGCGGAAGCAGCAGCAGAAAAAACAGCAGCAGCAGGAGCAGCAGCAGCAGCAGCAGCAGCGGAAGAAGAAGGGACAGCAUGAAUUGGAUGAUGAAUUUUUUUCUUUAGAGGAGAUGCACCGCUUCGUUGAGGAGGCAGAGGAGGAGGAGAGACAGCAGCAGCAGCAGCAGCGCAAGAAGCAGCAGCGCAAGCAGCAGCAGCAGCAGGAGGAGAGUGAAGAAGACAGCGAUGAUGAGGAGGAAGCAACAGCAGCAGAUUUGCUGCUGUAUGAAGGCAUCGACACUGCAGCAGAACCCCUCCAGUCCCUAAGCUACGAAGCCUUAUACGGCAAACGCAGUAAACAGCAGCAGAAGAAGCAGCAGCGCAAGCAGCAGCAGCAGCAGGAGGAGGGGGAGGAGGAGGAGGAGGGCGCCGAGAGCAGCAGCAGCAGCAGCAGCAGCAGCAGCGGGGAGGAGGAGACAGAUGAAGAGGGCCCUGGGUUUGAGAGUGUAGGUGCGCUUGAUGCUGAAGACAGACGCUUAGAAGAAGAGCUCAACCGCCUGCAAUCUCUGAUGGAGGAGGAAGACAAAGAAAGACAAGCAAUGAAGCAGCGCCGCAAACAGCAGCAGCAGCAGCAGCAGCAGGGGGAGACAGACGAGAGCAGCAGCGAGGACGAAGAAGCGCUUGCUGUUGAACCUGCGGAUGCUGCUGCUGCACGUGAUCGGAGCUGCCGCAAAGCUCGGGCAGCAAGUGCAGCAGCAGCAGCAGGAGGAGGAGGAGCAGCAGGAGCAUCAGGAGCAGCAGCAGAAGACAAGUCUUUAGCUGCACUUGCUGCUCGUGUUGAGGCUCUUGAAGAUGAAUUAAUAGCAGCAAAGAGCUGGGAGUACACCGGAGAAGUGUGGGGCCGUCAAAGAGACAAAGAUGCUUUGCUGCAGCUCGAGGGCCUAACAAUUCCCUUCUUAUCUCAGCCGCAGCAGCAGCAGCAGGAGCUGCUGCUGCAGCAGCAGUCUCUGCAGCUGGGCGACAACGACGGCGACGACGAGGAGACAGCAGCAGCUGCUGCUGCAGCAGCAGGAGGUAAUAAGGGUGCAGCAGCAGCAGCAAUCAGCAGCAUGAUAGAGCGGAUUGUUAAGGGGAGGAUUGAAGCCUGUCUCUUUGAUGAUGUGCUGCGUCGGGUGUCUCCUUUGCAGCAUCAGCAGCACGGGGGCAGCAACAAAGCAGGAGCAGCAGCAGCAGCAGCAGCAGAAGAAGAAUUAAACUUAGAAAAACCAACUGAAGGGCUGGGGGAUCUAUACGCGCAGCAGUAUAGAGAGCAGGCCUUAGGUGCUGCUUCGCAGCAGCAGCAGCAGCUAGACAAAGACAAGCAAGAGCUGCUGGAGCUCUUUGCAAAGCUUAUGUAUAAGCUAGAUGCGUUAACUAACUACCACUUCGUGCCAAGACCUGCUGCUGCUGCUGCAGCAGCAGCAGCAAACAAGGACGGCCCAGCAUCGAUACGCGUGGAGGAGGCGAUCCCUGUCUUCGUUCCCGACAGCAGCAGCAGCAGCAGCAGCAAGCCAUCUGUGCCUAUUACUCCGAAGACAGCAGCAGAGACAACAAGAGAAGAGAGAAGAGCAGCAAGGAGACAAAAGAAAGAGAAGAGACACAAGGAGUUGCGGCGCCGCAUCAAUGAAGGGGAGCUAACGCUGCAGCAAGCGCAGCAGAGACAGCAGCACUUGCAGCAGAAAAACAAACAAGCAAAACAAGAGAAGCAACAAAGGAGACAGACAGGUCUCACGCAUGCAGAGGCCCUCAAGGAGCUGCGACAGGGACAGAAGAGGGUUAAGACAAUACACCUGCUCGCCGAUGCAGCAAAAGCAAGGAGACAAAAAGCCAGCAGCAGCAGCAGCAGCAGCAGCAAGAAAACGAAUUCAUGA